AUGCGUGCAAUCUUACUGUUGUGUUUGGUGGCUGUGGCCUGUGCCGACAAUUUGGGUUAUGACUACAAACCGGUGGAUCAUUCCUCCUCUGGUCUGUCCUUCGCACCGGGCGGUAGCGGUGGGGGCUUAGGUGGUGGCAGCUUUGGUGGUGGCAGCACUGGCGGUGGUAGCUAUGGCGGUGGUAGCUAUGGCGGUGGUGACAGCUAUGAUGGCGGCAGUUCCGGAGGCAAUACUGAAUUCUACACCUAUACUGCCAACGAAGAGGAUUUCAACGAUGCUGAGACCGCCAAUCAAAUUGCCAAUUCCGCCCAAAACAAUCAUCGUGUGAUUUUCAUUAAGGGUCCCGAAAACAAUGCUUUGGAAAAUGCUGCUCUUGCCUUGGCCAAGAAUGCUGCCAGCCAGAAGACUGCCAUCUAUGUGCUCAACAAACAGGUCGAUCUGGGUGAUUUGUCCAACAAAUUGAACCAGGCUAACAGCAACAGCAACAACAAGCCCGAAGUUCACUUUGUCAAGUAUCGCACCCCUGAAGAUGCUGCAAAUGCUCAAAGAGCCAUCCAAAGCCAAUAUGACAACAACGGUGGACACUCGCAGAGCUUUAAUGGUGGUGUUGCCCCCGUUUUGAACUUUGCUUCAGCCGGUCAUAGAGGUGGUCAUGGCGGUCAUGGUGGUCACGGUGGCCAUGGAGGUAGCUAUGGCAGUCCAUCUUCAUCUUACCUUGCACCCGGCGUGGGUGGAGGUGCCCUUAAUCCUACCUAUCUACCAGCUAAUGUUUUCCGUGUGUACCGUCGCAUUCGUUACUAA